AUGGCCAUUACUAUUCUCCCUCCGGUUGUGGAGGAUGUCGACGUUCCCUACUCCGACUCGGAGGACGAUGCCAUGUCCGUGGAUUCAGAUGGAGGAGUAGAUCUCGCAGCGGGAGAUGCCACAAGACCUAACAAGCGUCCUCGCUUAGUGGAAGGAACAAAUAUUGGCGCAGGAGUCCUCACACCGGGUGAGAUCGUAACAGAUGACCCGCAAUGGAUGAGAGGACACGGCACAUACACUAACCCACUAUCUACCUCCAUCAUUGCUACCGUCGCCGGUACAGUUCAGAAGACCAACAAAUUGCUCUCCGUCCAGCCCCUUCGGGCUCGUUAUACGCCUGAGAUCGGUGACCUGGUGGUGGGGCGUAUUGUCGAGGUGCAGUCUCGGCGAUGGAAGGUUGACGUCGCUGCUCCCCUUCUCGCACAGCUUCCUCUCUCCGCUAUCAACUUGCCCGGUGGUAUCCUGCGUCGACGAACGAGCGCCGAUGAACUACAAAUCCGAACCUUCUUCAGCGAGGGUGACCUCGUCGUUGCUGAAGUCCAGACGGUACAUUCCGACGGAGGCGCAUCGUUGCACACCCGGUCGCUGAAGUAUGGUAAAUUGAGGAACGGCGUGUUCCUUGCGGUGACGGGGACAGGUGGCAGUGGUGCGUCUAGCUCGUCAGUCAAAGCCAAUGGGGGUGGGGAUGUAGAUGUGAUUUUGGGAGUUAAUGGGUACAUUUGGAUUUCGAAGCACGCCGACGGAGCGGCUGCUGCAUCGUCGACGACGGAAAACGUGUCAAUCACGCGCAUGGAGGAGAUGGUGUCGAGCUCCAUCUACUCGAGUCAGAACGAUGAUAUUCCGCCACAGACGCGUCGGGAGAUCGCCCGGUUGGCGCAGUGCAUUCGGGUGCUUGUCAACGGAGGAGUCCGGGUGGACGAGGAGACGGUGAUGGGAGCCUAUGAAGCCAGCUUACAGGUGGAUCUAGAAGUGGGCGAUGAGGAAGAUGAUGAAGAUCGGGGCAAGGAGGGACGAGAAUAUCUGGAGGGCGACAAGGCUCGCCGAAUUCUAGAUUUGGUGCUACAACAACUAUAG